CACUUCUCCAUCAUAGCUUGCGUCUAUGAUAAUGGGAUAAGCACUCUGUAUUAUGAGAUUAACUACCCUCUUCCCCUGAAAUGCUCUGUUUUUCCCCAGAUCAGAGCAUGGCUUCCUAUGGUGGCACUGUUUUCUGUUAUCUCCUCAUUUUUUCAAGCAUUGGUGAUGCCGCCGGUUUGAUUGGGGUGAACUAUGGCCGUGUGGCCAACAAUUUACCUACGCCGGACAAGGUAGUGGAGCUCUUCAAAACACAGGGUAUAGAUAAAAUUAAGCUCUUUGACGCCAGCCCGGACGUCCUCACAGCCCUCGCCAACUCAAAUAUAAGCGUCGUGGUCGCAGUUCCCAACGAGCUACUCUCCUCUGCAGCCGCCGACCAGUCCUUCACCGAUAACUGGGUCCAAACUAACAUCUCAAAGUACUUCCCUGCCACGAACAUUGAAGCUAUUGCUGUUGGAAAUGAAGUCUUCGUCGACCCCAACAACAGGACGAUAUACCUUGUCCCAGCCAUGAAAAAUAUCCACAACUCUCUCGUGAAGUAUAACAUGGAUUCCUCCAUUAAAGUCUCCUCUCCAAUUGCCCUCAGCGCUCUGCAAAGUUCAUACCCGUCUUCAUCUGGGUCCUUCAAAUCCGAAUUGGUCGAGCCUGUGAUCAAACCCAUGUUGGAUUUCUUGAGCCAGUCGGGGUCAUAUCUCAUGGUUAAUAUUUACCCAUUCUUUGCAUACAAAGACAACUCCAAAAGUAUCUCUCUAGACUAUGCCCUGUUUAAGAAUAACUCCGGCGUGGUGGAUUCCGGUAAUGGGUUAAAGUACUACAGUCUUCUUGAGGCCCAAGCCGAUGCCGUUUUUGCUGCCAUGAAGGCCCUGAAUUACAACGACCUGAAGAUGGUGGUGACGGAAACAGGGUGGCCGUCGAUGGGGGAUGCGGAGGAGAUCGGUGCUGGGACGGCAAAUGCAGCGUCGUAUAACGGGAACUUGGUGCGCAGAGUUUUGACUGGAAGUGGGACCCCCUUGAGACCCCAGGAUCCACUGAACGUUUACCUGUUCGCACUUUUCAAUGAGAACCAGAAAACGGGACCCACUUCGGAGCGGAAUUACGGGUUAUUUUACCCGAACGAGCAGAAGGUAUACGACGUACCGUUUACCCUGUCGCAGCUCCAGAGCUGGGAGUCGACACCGGCGGUGAGUGGGAACCAGAGUCAGGCUCCGGCCACCGAAGGGGUGUCCAAGACGAAGGUGGGGCAGACGUGGUGCGUGGCCAAUGAGAAAGCUGACCAGAAGAAGUUACAGGAGGCGCUUGAUUUUGCUUGCGGCAAAGGCGGGGCGGAUUGUAGUCCGAUCCAACCGGGUGCUGCCUGUUAUGACCCGAACACGCUCGAGGCGCACGCUUCGUACGCUCUCAAUAGUUAUUAUCAGAAGAACUCUCGCGGGGCUGGUACGUGCGACUUUGGUGGUGCAGCUUCCGUGGUCACGCAAGCUCCUAGAUAUGGAACUUGCGAGUUCCCAACAGGAUAUGGAAACUAAUUAAGAAUGAGAUUUGGUGAAAUUGAGUUGCAAGUUUCCAUGGGUAGUUUUAGAAAUUGUGUUAACGUCUCAGACAUCAUGUGGUAUGAUGAUUGAAGAGUAGGUGUGGUUGUUAUUUUUAUUUGGAUAUAUCCCAUUUGUGUUUAUUCUCUGGCUAGUGGAUUGUGUGCGUAUUAAUUCAUUUUUUAUAUUAUGGAUAAAUAUAGAGUAUGAAGGGUGGAAGAGACGACGGACCUUUUGCCUAGCUCCAUAUCCCAUAUAUGCUAUUUCGUCCCAUGCUUCUAGUUAAUUUUUUUUUCAUUUUACUUAAUAUUUUGGUGAUGAGGGAAGUUUUCAUUUAUAUAUAACUUAAUUGAUCAUGGAGUGGAGCUGGUAAACAAAUUACGAUCAUUUUA